AGAGAUUGUGAAAUAAUUACCGUAAGGGUAUCGUUCAUAUAAACAUAACGAGAAGACUAGUGAGCGGACCAGAACAUUUUGGCACCUGCUGGAGCACCAGAUAUCUUAUAUAAUGACUUUCCCGGCAUAUUUACCUGUAUUUUUUAGCGUGUUAUACUGUACUUCUGUAUCUGAAGCGGCUCCAGGGACCUGUGACCCUCCUGAGAUUUCAAAUGGGAAACUGAUUCCUAACAAAGAUCGCUAUGAUGCUGACUCUUCAAUAAAUAUUGAGUGUGAGGAGCUUUAUGUACACAAUGGGCAGAACGAUGCAAUAUGCGAAGAUGGUCAAUGGAGGGAGCUACCCCAGUGCCUCAAGCCUUGUACAGUUUACAGCAGCAGUCUGGAUAAAAACCACAUUGAGCUUAUCUCGCCAAAAGAUGCUCUUAUGACACAUGAGCACGGUACAGAAAUAAGAGUAAAAUGUAAAAGAAAAUUUAGGCGCAGAGGGUCUUUAUCAGCUUUCUGCGACGAUGGAGUGAUGAAGUAUCAAAGAUGUUUUUCUGGAAGUACAUGUCACCUAGACCAAGAACAAAUGGAUGACAACUUCUUAGAACUGGACGAUAAACAUGAUGGUGAAUCAUUGUACGGGGAAGGUGAAACUGUCCAAUUUAUAUGUAAGGCUGGAUACUUUAAUAGGACUCCAUUGACCGCAACAUGCGGUAAACCAGCAGAACCUAAAAGCGUAUCAGCUGAACCAAAACUGGUUUAUCCAACUUGUAUAAGAUUUGGACAAAGCUGUGGUCCACCACCGUCAGUCCAGAAUGGAGAGAUCAUAGGAGUAAAAGAUCUUAAGUAUCCAUCUGGCUCUAUUGUAAACUAUAAAUGUGCCAACUGGUACAUCCUUGAAGGAAAGGCGAUAACAUGCAGGCAUGGAGAAUGGGAUGCAAAACCAGUUUGUCGAGCUCCUUGUAUCGUGAGACCAACUGAUAUGUUACAAAACAACAUUUGGCUGAAACAUGCUCUUCCAGAGGAUAAAAGCAAGAAAAUAUACUCCCUGCAUUUUGAUAACAUAACAUUUGAGUGCACACCUGGAUAUGACAUUCCCGAUGAAAAGAGUCUGAGGAUUCAGUGCUUGGAUGGUGUGCUAAAAUACCCAACAUGUUUGAAGGAAGGUUUCUGUAUAAUACAACAACAUGAAAUGGUCUUAAAUGACAUUCAAUACAGUAAAGGCACCGUGAUUGAAAAUGGACAGCUGGUUGUAUUUGAAUGCGCCAAAGGAAUGGUGCCACUGAACAGCCUGGAAAGCAAAUGUGAAAAAAGACACAUCAAUUACCCAAAAUGCAUCUCUACAACGUCUUGUAUUGUGAGACCAACUGAUAUGUUACAAAACAACAUUUGGCUGAAACAUGCUCUUCCAGAGGAUAAAAGGAAGGGAAUAUACUCUCUGCACUUUGAUAACAUAACAUUUGAGUGCACACCUGGAUAUGACAUUCCCGAUGGAAAAAGUCUGAGGAUUCAGUGCUUGGAUGGUGUGCUAAAAUACCCAACAUGCUUAAAGGAAGGUUUCUGUGUAAUACAACAACAUGAAAUGGCCUUAAAUCACAUUCGAUACAGUAAAGGCGCUGUGAUUGAAAAUGGACAAUCGGUUGUAUUUGAAUGUGCUGAAGGAAUGGUGCCACUGAACAGCCUGGAAGGCAAAUGUGAAAGAAGACACAUAAAUUACCCAAAAUGUGUCUCUACAACGUCUUGUAUUGUGAGACCAACUGAUAUGUUACAAAACAACAUUUGGCUGAAACAUGCUCUUCCAGAGGAUAAAAGGAAGGGAAUAUACUCCCUGCAUUUUGAUAACAUAACAUUUGAGUGCACACCUGGAUAUGACAUUCCCGAUGAAAAGAGUCUGAGGAUUCAGUGCUUGGAUGGUGUGCUAAAAUACCCAACAUGCUUAAAGGAAGGUUUCUGUGUAAUACAACAACAUGAAAUGGCCUUAAAUCACAUUCGAUACAGUAAAGGCACCGUGAUUGAAAAUGGACAAUCGGUUGUAUUUGAAUGCGCUGAAGGAAUGGUGCCACUGAACAGCCUGGAAGGCAAAUGUGAAAGGAGACACAUAAAUUACCCAAAAUGUGUCUCUACAAGAUAUGGAGAGAGCUGUGGUCCACCUCCAACUAUCCUGAGUGGAGAUAUUGCCGAUACAAAAAAGCCCAGCUAUCAAUCGGGUUCUAGUGUGAAGUAUAAAUGUGCAAAUUUCUAUGUUCUUGAAGGGAAUGAAUUUGUUACAUGUACAGAUGGAGAAUGGGGAAAAGAACCAACUUGCAGAGCACCUUGUACUGUAACCACCUCCACCAUGCUAGCAAACAACAUUCGUUUGAAGUUUAUGUUUGAAGAGGAUAAAACAAAGAAAAUAUACGUUUCACAUUUGGAUCAGGUGACAUUUGAGUGUGCUCCGGGAUAUAAUAUACUUGAUGCAAAAAAUCUGAGAAUCCAAUGUUUGGACGGGGUAGUAACAUACCCAAAAUGCUUAUAGUAGGAUCUAAGGAAGAAGAUCUCCUAUAUACCCACCUAUGGUUUUACAUGAGAGGAUAUGAGCACAAGAACAAAGAACACUAUUGAAACCUGUGAAUGUGUAUAUUUCCUGAUCUGGAGGAUCCUACAUACACUUGUUGUCCUGGUCAUUGGAGAAUCUUUCCUUGCAUGUGGGGUCUGAUUUGUAAAUAAGUGUCUAUACAGUAUGUGCCCCUUUUGUACCUUUUUUAGUUUGCUUAGCUGAUAUUUUAUUGCUGUUUGCAGGUAUUUCGUUAUUGUUAGUUUAUCAAAAAAUGUUCUGUAUGGUUCUGAUUUACUAAAGGUAUGAGUGGCAAGUACUGCUGAUCAGUUUAUACUUCCCAUUAAAAAAAAAAUUGAAAAUC